AUGACAACAUCACCACCUUCUGGCUCGCAUUAUGCAAAUGUGAUCAGCGACGAGGAGUGGUUCAUUGUCCAAGUGGUCAAAGUGGUGGUCAUCUCUGGUCUGCUCAGCCUGUUCGGCGUAGCCUCCAACAUCGUGAACAUUGUGGUGUUUGCCAAACAAGGCUUCCAGGACAGCACCAACAUCAGCCUGCUGGGGCUGGCCGUGUCUGACCUGUGCUCCCUUGUACCCACGAUAUGGAUCAGCAUCUGCCUGAACCCGUUCUUCUACCAGUCUGUGUUGCCCUUUGACCCUUGGACUAUCACACACCUCACGGGGGCUGUGCCCCAUAUCAUCUUUGUGAAAAUCGCCACUUUCAUCACCGCCUUCAUCGCCUUCGAACGAUGUCUGUGUAUCGUUGUCCCUCUGAAGGUGAAGGCCAUCAUCACACCGGGAAGGACAAAGAGAAUAGUCGUCUCCAUCUACAUAGUCAUGUCUGCUUUGAUGAUCCCCUUCUGCCUCGGAAACAGACUUGAGUGGAUUUUCGAUCCCACCACGAAUGCCACAGUGCUAACAGCCACGUUCACUGCCCAGAGAGAAAUGUUAGAAGCCAUUACGUUUCUCACCGAAGGCGUAUUUGCUACAACGUUUUCCUUCGUCUUCGUCAUCUGCUGUACCGUCGUUCUUGUCGUCAAACUCAACAGUAAAACAAAAUGGCGACAGGCCACUGCAGCCAAGUCUGAUUGGGCAGCGGGAGGCGUUGGGGUCAAAGAUCAAAGGGUCGUGAAAAUGGUCACCUUGAUGGCUGUCAUUUUCAUCGUGUGCGCAAUACCCACAACGCUUAUGUUUCUCUACAUGGUGAUUGACCCAAGUUUCCGUAUUGAAGAUGACAACGAAGGCCAGGAUGGUAAGCCAGACCAUGAAGCCUGCAAUCCAUCUCAUCAGUGUGAUCCAGAGCAGGGAGAUCAACAUGGAAAUUCCAAGGCCGCUGGGGAAGGAGAAAAAAAUUAG